AUGGAAGAGAAGUUUAGGUUGAGAUUAAGGCCACAGAGUUUGUUGGAGAUUCACGUGGUGAUAGAAUUAUUGAGGAAGAAAAUCGUAAAGAAGAAUGUCGAGUCCAAGGGAAAGAUCAUGUGGGGAAGACUCAAAGGGGAUAUGGUCAUAAUCCUGUCAAGCAAGAUAAGUUUAUUGGGCUUUCCAAGUCAGUCAGAGGAUGCGAAAGAAAUAUGGGUGAACAUGGCAAAAAACGUUAGAACAGUGGCAAAAGAGACCUUGGGGGUGUCGUCGGGUAAACCAAAAGUGUUCAAAGAGUCGUGGUGGUGGAACGAUGAGGUGGAGAAAAAGAUAAAGGAUAAAAACAAGAGAUUUAAGGAUCUUAUGGCAUGCACGGAAGAUGAGGAUAUGAUAGAAAAGAGAGUGGGCUAUAAAGAAGAAAAGCAGGUGGCAAAGCAAGCGGUAACGGAGGCAAAAAACCGUGGUUAUGAGGACUUGUAUCGAAAGCUUGACACCAAAGAGGGGGAGAAGCAGAUUUUUAAGUUGGCAAGGACUAGGUCCAGGCAGCGGCAAGACUUAGAGGCAGUGAAAUACAUUAAGGAUGAGGGUGGACGAGUCCUCUUGAGACAAGAGGACAUCAAAACCAGAUGGCUACAGUAUUUCUCUCAGCUACUCAAUAAUGAGUCUUGGGGGCCAAAGGAGACGGAUAAUCAAAUUUAUAACGUCCAAAGACCACUGGAAUAUGGGUCAACAAGUGAUAUUACCACAAGAGAAGUAAGAUAA